AAGUGAUCGCGAUCGCGCUUGACCGAAUUUGGCAAGGGCGGCUGCAGUGUCAGGAGUCCUGUGCGCCGACAGAACACUGCUACUUCGCCAUUCGCACGGUCUUCAACGUCGUGUAGCUCAUCGAGCUCGCCCAUUUCACCCCCCACCGACGCCUUGCUGCCAUGAAGGCAUUAUACCCUGACUCCCAUGACCUUGAAGGUCUCUCGGACCAAGCCUUGGCGUUGAAAAUCGCCCGGUACUCCCCGUGCACCAAAUGUUCGUGCCGAGGACUUCGACCUCCUGUAGGUUGCCAGGUAGUAUCCGAGAGAGAUUACCACGACGAGAUGGAGCUCCUUGGUCUCACACUAGACAUCUUUGACGAAGAUGAUGCAGAGGCGGGCGUAGCCUACCUGGAAAUUUGUAACUGUGGUCAUGGCGUGCCCGAUCAUAGCGCCGAUGAAUCUCUUCUAGGAAGAGAUGAGUUCCUUCGAAGAGCUCGUGUAGCUGCCCGCAUGGACGAGCUGCGUCAGGACAUACACCGAACUACUGAUUUCGACUACACUAACCAAGAUCUGGAGUCUUUGAAGCGUCAACUGGUACACCCAGACGCAGCUCCACUUCCUCUCACAGACACUUUCGGUGAAGGAACGUCACCAGGAAAGCGGAUAUUCUCUCCUGCUCUAUCGGAUCUUAGUGACGGCGCAUUCGAACCGCCAAUGAACGGACCACCACGCAAGAGGCAACGCCGGUCAUAUUCGUUCUCGUCUUCAUUAAGUGAGGAACCCUCGUCGUCGUCGGACGAGGAGGAUGCUCCUUUGGCCAGGCAGCAGAAGGCCCUUCCCCGCAAGAAUGGUAAAGGCAACGCCCCCCGAACGACUCGACCAACGGGACGUCGGACAGGUGGAAAGGGUAUGAAAUCGAAAGCCCAUACAGCUCCAGCACAUGUGGCCCCACCCACGGAUCAACAAAGAGCGGAUAUGACAAUACCUCCUAGUAACGGCAUGAACGGCCACGAAGCCAAAGUCAAAGUAGAAGACAAAAUGGACGAGUCGCAACUGACAAGACUGGCCUCUGGUGUCACUGUCGAUGCAGGUGGUGCAGUCACAGCCGAUCCUGCUACAAAAGCAGAGAAGCCAUCACAGAUCGAACUUAAAAAAGGUCUCAUCAAGGUCGUUCCGGUCGAGAAUGAUGGGCAGCCUCGGUCUCUGGUAAUUCUCACGGGGUUGAAGACACUGUUUCAGAAACAACUACCUAAGAUGCCCCGAGAGUAUAUCGCGCGGCUGGUAUAUGAUGAGAAUUCAAAGUGCCUAGCCAUCAUCAAGCGAGGGUUUAAAGUCGUCGGAGGCAUUUGCUAUCGCCCAUUUCCACACCGUGGAUUCGCCGAAAUCGUGUUUUUUGCAACCAACUCGGUGGAUCAGGUCAAGGGAUACGGCGGAAUGCUCAUGGACCACUUUAAGGCCCAUAUCCGCAAUACAUAUCCAAACAUGAACCAUUUCCUCACCUACGCAGAUAACUAUGCUGUAGGUUACUUCAGAAAACAAGGGUUCUCGAAAGAGAUCACUCUAGAUCGGUCGAUCUGGGCUGGGUACAUCAAGGACUACGAAGGUGGAACCAUCAUGCAGUGCACUAUGCUGGACAAGGUCGAUUACCUACAAACCAAAGAUGUCAUCGUGAAACAGCGAGAAGCCAUUUUGGAGAAGAUCAGGGAAAAGUCGAGAUCCCAUGUCGUGUAUCCAGGAUUGGAUUGGUGGAAGAAAGGGAACACUGGACCAAUCGAUCCUAAGGAUGUGCCAGGAUUGCGGGAAAGCGGUUGGUCACCUUCUAUGGUUGCCUUAACUAUGCGUCCAAAUGCCAAGAGUCCUGAACGGAGUGCAAUGGAGACAAUAUUAUCCGAAUUGCAAUCACAUCCACUUGCAUGGGCAUUCCUACAACCCGUUGAUCCCGAAGAAGUCCUAGACUACUACGACUAUAUCAAAAACCCGAUGGAUUUCAGCACCAUGGAGCACAAACUCGACACGAACCAAUACGCUACUCUGGACGAUUUCGUCGCGGACGCCAAGCUCGUCUUCGAAAAUUGCAAGCUGUAUAAUGCGGAAGAUACCACGUAUCACAAGAACGCCAUCAAGUUAGAGAGGUUCUUAAGGGAUCGGGUGGCGAAGUUGAAGAUCAAGAGAGAAGAAUGAAUGUUGAGUGCUGGGCGGUUAUACUCGGUUGGAGUUUCCUUGAUGUGGACGGUGCCGACCAACUAACUUAUUAUUAGUCACAUAUACUUCAUCUCAUCUGUACCAUACACAUCGCAUGCUUAGUUUGUACUGUAUAAUUGUACUGAUCGCUCCCAGGCGCUUUGGGUCUACCUUCGUUUCAUGAUGGAUACGAGUUACAGCUGCAAUUGUAACAGACUUAGAGUACAUGAAAUGGAUGGUACAAGAUUACAAAAGAUGA